AUGGGUCGCAGCAAGAAGGCCGGGACAAGUUUGGGCAAGGCGCUCAUGAAGACGAACGUCAAGAAGGCCAAAGAGCUCCAGUCGAGCGCCGGCAAGCACGUGUCUGCCACGGACGGCGGGGACUCGACGGUGGCUCUCGCGUCGUACCUCGAAGGCUCGUCGCUGGACGAUUUCUUGGCCAACGCCACGAUGGCCAACCGCGAGUUCGUCGCCGAGAAGGAGCGCGUCAUGGUCCUCGAAGCCAACGGUCUUGCGACUUUUGCCAAAGUGGACUUGGACAAGGUGCCCGAGAUGGACUUUUCCGAGAUGAAGAUCCCGCGCCGCCCGAGCUGGGACGCGAAGACGACGGCCGCGGAGCUCAACAUGCGCGAGCGCGAGUCGUUCUUGAACUGGCGUCGCGACAUUGCCAUGCUCGAGGCGGCCUCCGAGGAGCGUGACGUGACGCCGUUCGAGAAGAACCUCGAAGUGUGGCGCCAGCUCUGGCGCGUCAUUGAGCGCAGUGACAUUGUCGUCCAGAUCGUCGAUGCGCGCAACCCGCUCUUCUACCGCUCGGUCGACCUCGAGCGCUACGUCAACGAAGUCGACAGCGCCAAGGACUGCAUGCUCAUCAUCAACAAGUCCGACUACCUCACACCGGAACAGCGUGUCAUUUGGGCCGAUUAUUUCAAGGCCAACGCGAUUGACUUUGUCUUCUUCUCGGCCAAGGAAGCGCAGGAGAAGCUCGACGCCGAGUACAAGGCCAGCAAGGACUUUUCGCUCUCGGACGACGAAGGCGACUUCGAAGACGACGACGACAGCGACGAUGAGGACGAAGACGAAGAAGAGACGAAGCCGGCGCCGGUUGUGGUCGAGGCGCCCAAGCAGACUGCGCCUGUCGAGCGCGAAGACUGUGUCGUCUUGACCCGCGAAGAGCUCCUCGAGUAUCUCUCGGGUCGCGCCGACAAGGUCGUCCAGCGCGUGGGUCUCCGUGCGGACGACAAGGGCCUCGUCAAGUUUGGUAUGGUGGGCUUCCCCAACGUCGGCAAGAGUUCGGCCAUCAACGCGCUCCUCGGUGCGUCCAACUACUCGCACCACACGCAGCGUGUCGCCGUUGGCGCGACGCCCGGCAAGACCAAGCACUUUCAGACGAUGAUCCUCUCGGACAAGAUCAUGCUCUGCGAUUGCCCGGGUCUCGUCUUCCCGUCGUUUGUCAACUCGAAGGCCGAAAUGCUUUGCUGCGGCGUCCUCCCCAUCUCGCAGCUCCGCGACCACGUUCCCCCGUGCGAGCUCGUGGCGCGCCGCAUUCCCCGCCUCGUCUUCGAGUCGACCUAUGGUAUCAAGAUCCCGUUCCCCAACUCGGGCAAGUACUUGGAUCCCGUCGAUGUGUACACGCUCCUCGAUGUCUACGCGCGCGCCCGUGGCUUUGCGACCGCGGGCAAAGGCGGUCCGGAUCAGUCCCGCGCCGCUCGUGUGCUCUUGCGCGAUUACGUCAUCGGUCGGCUCCUCUACUGCCACCCACCGCCUGGCACGUCGCCGCGCGAGCCGGCGUUCGAUGUGAUGGAGCUGGCCAAGAAGUUUGCGGCGUCCGAGGACACUGUCGCGCUCCUCGAGCCGCUCUCGGACGAGGAAGGCGACGACGCGACCAAGGCGCCGGGCUUUGACCCUGUCGGCAUUGAGAACAAGACGGCGGCCUCCAAGCGGCUCAAGAAGCACGGCAAGAAGGGACGCAAGGCGCGCGAUAAGAACCCGUACGAGGACUUGGACGGCGUCGCGUCGACGACGAUGGCGCACAUUUCGCGCGGCAAAAAGGCGAUGAACCAAAAAGACUUUGUGCGGGUGACGAUGCCGCAUCACGUCACGUACACGCCGGGCGCCAAGUUUUAA